AUGCAGACACAGGAGAGUGUGUAUGCCCUCCUGGUUUCAACGGGACAAUAUGUAAACACGUCCUGGGCAGCAACCGAUUUGGGCAGGAUGGCAGCUUUUCUUGUGAUUCCUCAGGAGAUGAUCACAGUCCAGGGUGUCGGGGUAAACUCUUCUGCCUACCAGACCCCUUUGGAUGCACCUGUGCAGCAGGAUUCAUGGGAAUCAAUUGUACAACAGAAUGUAACCCAGGAACGUAUGGAGCCAAUUGUUUGCAAGAGUGUCACUGCUCUCCAAGUAACAUCUGUACCAAGGAUACAGGAGAAUGCAUUGAUGGGACUGCGUGCCAAGAAGGCUGGACUGGUGUCAACUGUCAAGUUCGAAGUUCCCCCAUUCAGGACAUUGACGCUGGUACACUAUCAACUUCAGCUGGAGUUCCUUCAGGUUCCAUAG